CCCAGAACACUUUUUUGAGGACCGAAGAGACAAAGCACAUGUGCCUUUAUCCACAACAGAGAUUGAAUUGAAUCAACACUAGUAUGGUUAAUGAUUAUUUUAUCAAAUAAUAUUAUAUUAUAUCCAUCACUGCAAAUCCCUCUGCAUUCACGGAUAUCUGAAACGUUGGCUGGAGUUUUUAACUACCCUGUUCCAUCAGUUUGCUCAGAGGUUUAAGAGCAUUUGCAGAGUAGAAAACCUGAACAAAAUUGAAAAUUCCAAUUCUCAGUAUGUGAAACAUCACUAUUUGCUGACCUAUAGUCAACAGUCGAGAUGUCUACUUUAUCACUAGCAGCUGGGAAUUUCACAAGAGGACAACGAGGAGAGGACAGUGGUUUAGGAUUCUGGUUAAGUUCAUAUUUCGGAAAUGAGCUUUUUGGAACUGAUACUCGUGGAAAUUUGAUGAGAACCUCAAAUCGUGUCCAUUUCAAAUACUUGGAAGGAUCUAGGACAAGAAAUGGGAAAAAAUUUCAUGUUUUUGCAAAAGUUAGAAACUGGAAGAAACAUGAUUACCCAUGGCCCGAUGACGUUGAUCCAAAUACCGAAUCACCCUUGAAGUAUCUUUCUAACUUCAAGCCUUUGGACGAGAAACCUAAACCCGUGACACUUGCCUUUGAGAAGCCACUGGUUGAUUUAGAGCAGAAGAUCAUCGAGAUACAAAGAAUGGCUGAUGACACUGGGCUUGAUUUUACUGAUCAAAUUAAUGCUUUGGAAUUGAAGUAUCAACAGGCUCUUAAGGAUUUAUACACGCAUUUGACUCCCAUCCAACGCCUAAAUAUUGCUCGACAUCCGAACAGGCCUACUGUUCUUGAUCAUAUCCUAAACAUCACAGAGAAGUGGGUGGAACUCCACGGAGAUCGUGCAGGGUAUGAUGAUCCAGCUAUUGUGACCGGUAUAGGAAGCAUAGAAGGUAGAAGCUACAUGUUCAUAGGUCAUCAAAAAGGAAGGAACACAAAAGAAAACAUUAUGCGCAACUUUGCAAUGCCAACCCCUCAUGGUUAUAGAAAAGCUUUGCGAAUGAUGAAAUAUGCGGAUCAUCAUGGAUUUCCCAUUGUUACAUUCGUAGACACACCAGGGGCCUUUGCUGACUUGAAAUCUGAGGAACUGGGUCAGGGUGAAGCAAUAGCCCAUAAUUUGAGGACAAUGUUUGGCCUUAAAGUCCCAAUCAUCACAAUCGUAACCGGUGAAGGUGGCUCGGGUGGUGCUCUUGCCAUUUCUUGUGCCAACAAGUUGAUGAUGUUGGAAAACUCAGCGUUCUAUGUUGCUAGUCCAGAAGCAUGUGCCGCGAUCUUGUGGAAAUCGUCCCAAGCGUCUCCAAAGGCGGCUGAAAAACUGAGGAUUACAGCACAAGAACAUUACAAACUGAGGAUAGCAGAUGGUAUCAUCCCUGAACCUAUAGGUGGUGCACAUGCUGAUCCCGUAUGGACAUCUCAAAAUAUUAAGGAAGCUAUUCUCGAGGCAAUGGAGGAAUUGACAAGAAUGGAUAAAGAAGCGUUACUUCGACACCGAAUGCUUAAAUUUCGUUCGAUUGGAGUUGGAGGGUUCAGAGAGGGUUCAGAGGUGGAACCUGAGAGGAAACGGAACAUGAAACCAUCUGAGGUCAAUGCACCAAAAGUCGCUGACAUAGAAUCCGACAUUGAGGAUCUCAAGAAAAAGAUACUUGAAGCUGCGGGACCAUCUGAUCCAAUUACCAGCCAAAAAAUCGAGAAACUUCAAGAAGAUCUUGAUCAGGAGAUGACCAAGGCGUUUACUUCAAUGGGCUUGCUUGAUCGGAUAGAAUCUCUUAAUCUGGAGCUGGCUAGGUCCCCUGACCCAGAUCAAGCCCUGAAUUAUGAUCUUAAGGAGAAAGGAAAUAAAAUUGUGCAAGAAUUUAAGAAAAAUCUGGCACGACCUGGAGACUAUCUUGGGUUAAAGCAAAAGCUCCAAACACUCAGCAUGGUUAGCAGGCUUAUUGAGUUGAAAGAGAGAAGUGAGAAAUUGAAAAGCCAGGUCAAUCAGAAAAUUCCAGCAGAAGUAAAAGCCAAAAUGGACCUUCUAAAAAAGGCUCGGGAAAAGUUGUCGAAUGGUAAUCAAGUAGACGAGAAUCUCUCUGAGGAACUAGAAAGGGCUAAAAAAGAGCUGGAAGAGGUUCUAAAAUCGGCUAACUUGGAAGUCAUUGGAAUGGUGAAGAGAAAGGACAUAACUACACCUCCUGAAUUGAAAGAAAAGAUUGUGCACUUGAACAGAGCAAUCACAGAGGAGAUUGAAAAAGCAGUAAACAAGAGGGAAGGCAUUAGUGGCAAAAUUGAAGAGUUGAAAGUCGAGAUGGCGAAAGAAUCUACUUCGGAAAAAGCGAAAAAGCUGGAAUCAGAGAUAAAAGAAGGUAUUGCUAUUGCACUUAAUGUCACCCCACUUAAAGAGAAGGUUGAGAAUUUAAGAGUGGAAAUGUCGUCAUUCUGUAAGGAAGUUGUGGAAGAUAAUGUUAUUGUCGACAAUGGCAGAUUGUAAAGUUAAAUCUCCGUUCUUCCUUACCCGAGAGGGGUUAGGGACGGGGGGAUAUUGCGCGAAAAAUCUUGUGUUCAUUCUUUAUAAUACUGGUUAUUGAUCCAUGCAAAAACUAUCCAUUGUUGUAACUAAAAUUUGUGUCUUCUUCCAUCCAUGUUGAUUGUGUUUGUUGCC